UCUCAGUAGCAUUGCGCCAUUGCAUUGUAUUGCUGUUUGUUCGAUUCAGUUGAGUAUUGUGUGUGUGUGUGUGUGUGUGUGUGUGGUUUCGAUCUGAGGAAAUGGAGCUGAAAUCGGUAACGCCGGUACGGAAACCGCUGUUGUUGAAGGAUUAUCUGGUGGAUGAGUUGAGCUCCUGCUCGUCCAAUGGAUUCAGAUCGUAUCCCCGCCGCGAAUGUUGUACGACGGUGAGGCUCCUGCUGGAGGCUGACCUCGGAGUUAAGCCGCCGGGAAAGGUAAUGUGCGGCGGCGAAGCGGCGCGGCGGGUGGUCAUCGCGGGGAAGCCGGCGCCGACAGCCGGUGUUGUGUCGGCGCUACAGAAAGCUUCCAAAACCGUGCUCAAUGCCGUUAAGAGCCUCCAGUUUUCCGCCGCCGGUAAAUCCGCGAAGCAGAGCAAGCCGAAGAAGGCGAUUCUGUCCAGGAGAUUCUCACGGAAGCUUCUCAAACGAAGCUUCAAGAAGAGAACAAUCGAUCGUAACGAAAUCGAGCGAUGGAAAGUUUACAACAAACUGAUGGAAAAGAAAUCAGAUAAUCCGUCGUCGAGAUUUUCUCCGGCGGUGCAUAAUGUCGCCGAUUCCAACGCCUCGACGAGUGAGACCAAUAGCUGGUCGGAUAGCGAUUUCACCAUUUCCGGCGAAUCGCUGCAAUCUUCGAGCUGCAGUUCCGACGUCAACUCUACGGAGGCGCAAAACGACGCCGUUGCCGCGAAAUGCUCGCCAACCGACAAGUCAGUUAUCAGCAAGAUAGUCGGCGUAACCACCUCUAUUGCGACUACUACCUACUCCCCCAUCACAAAGAAACAGGUUUGGUCAAAUGAGGAGAAGGAACAGUUUAGUCCAGUUUCUGUACUGGAUUGCCCAUUCGAAGAUGAAGAUGACGUCUCUUCACCUUUUCAAGAUAAACUUACAAAUGUAGAAGGAACUAGGAAGAAGCAGAUGAAGAAGAAGAUGAAAAAGCAGGAAUGCCUCACUCAACUUGAGCCAGUAAAUUUAGUGAAACGAAUUGCAUUUUCAGAGUCAGAAACUGAUGAAGAGUCUCCUCUUCAUCAUCUUUCCCUAUUACCAUCCACACCUGCAGACAUAUUGAUGGCUGAUUUAGAAUUAAAGGCUGCAAUGUUACUUAACCAGGUGAAAGCCAGAACGCCAUCACGCGGCCUCAAACCAAUGGCAAAAACCGACAGAUUACUAUUGGAUUUCUUCCGCCACGGAAUCAUUGAAAACAGAUUGUUAGUGAGAGCAGAUAAUAGUGGAGAGUAUGAGUACGAUGGCGAGGAGCUAAUGCGAGUAGCAGAGGAUUGGAUUAGUGGGAAAUCGCGUAGAUUUUUGUACGAAUGGGAGGUGCAGAAGAACAGGCAGGCAUACAUUGAAGAUAUGGAGAGUGGAGGGAAGUGGAAGAAGGUGAUGGAUAAGGAGGAGGAGGAGCAUGGAGAGGUGGGUUUACAGUUGGAAGCUGAGGUUUUCACUUCUUUGGUGAAUGAGCUAGUAGAUGAUCUUUGUUUAAUUUGAUGAAUUGUGGCUAAUUUACAGGCAGUUUAAUUAAUUUGGUGAAGGCCUAAUUAAGGCCUAAGGUUGUGUUAGUCAUUCAGUUGCUGGCUGGCUUGAAUGAGUAAUACCACCUUGAGGUGAGGUAAAACUUAAAAGGGGUUGCAAUUCUCUUUUCUCAGAGAAACAUGAUUAUAUUAGACUAGAUAUCCAGAUACUUAGGAGACUUUUUUUCCCCACUUUUCUUUGAGCUAAGAACUUUGCCAUGUAAUUUGGUUUAAUAAGAGGGGAGUUUUUUUUUUUUU